AUGUCACAGCCAUGGGAUUAUAUUGCUAAGCUUGUCUGUAUCGGUGACUCUGGCACCGGCAAGUCCAGCCUCACUAUCCGACUCUGUGAGGGCCGAUUUUCCCCUUCGCAUGAUGUCACCAUCGGAGUCGAGUUCGGAUCGCGGAUUGUCCCAGUGGGACCCCCAGCCUCGUUGGAGCUAGGGCUAGAUGGGCAGUCUCACAGCUCUCCGCUCCCAAGCCCUCCCGAUGACGCAUCUGCAGAAUCCAUCGCAUCGGGUCUCCCAAGUCCACCACGAAAGCCACCGGGCUCCCCUCCCCAGAAACGAAUGAAACUAUCUCUCUGGGAUACUGCAGGUCAGGAAACCUAUAAAUCCAUCACCCGCUCCUACUUCCGCGGCGCAUCCGGUGCUCUUCUCGUCUUUGAUAUCUCGAGACGCUCGACCUUCACGUCCUGUACCCAGUGGCUCCAGGAUCUACGGCAAAUUGCAGAGGAUGGUAUCGUUGUUAUCUUGGUUGGGAAUAAGACUGAUCUGGCCGGUGAUGAUUCUGGUUCAAAUAAAAGACAGAUUACUCGACAGGAGGCAGAGGAGUGGUGCCGCCUGAACAACAUUGUCCGCUAUGUCGAAACAAGCGCCAAAUCCGGUGAUGGCGUUGAACGGGCUUUUCUGGAGGUUGCCGAAAGAAUCCACCGUAAUAUCGAGGCUGGACGAUACGACCUCAACGACCGAAGAAGUGGAGUCAAAGGAUUUGGGGCUUCUGGGGGGGCCAACGCGGGGAUGCCUCGGACCAUCACUUUAGGAAUGGAUGAUGCGAUGCGCAAGGGUGGUAAUGGCUGGGCCGGUGGGUGUUGUUAG